UUUACUAACAGGACUUAUUUGGAUUUCAGUUUUAGAUGAACGAGCUGUGAAACACUACAGAAUCAGAAGACUGGAUAAAGGAGACUUUUUUCUUACCCCGAGAAAAACAUUUUCAACUUUGAAUGAAUUUGUGAACUAUUACACCAGGACAAGUGACGGCCUGUGUGCAAGGCUGGGAAAACCAUGCUUAAAGGUACAGGUCCCAACUACCUUUGAUUUGUCCUAUAAAACUGUGGACGACUGGGAGAUAGACCGCAGCUCUGUGCAGCUUCUGAAGAGACUGGGAUAUGGUCAGUUUGGUGAAGUCUGGGAAGGCCUGUGGAACAACACCACUCCAGUAGCUGUGAAAACAUUAAAACCAGGUUCAAUGGAUCCAAAGGACUUCCUGAGGGAGGCACAGAUAAUGAAGAAUCUGAGGCAUCCAAAGCUUAUCCAGCUCUAUGCUGUUUGCACUUUAGAAGAUCCAAUUUAUAUUAUCACAGAACUGAUGAGAUAUGGAAGUCUGCAGGAGUAUCUACAAAUUGAUGCGGGGUCAAAAAUCCAUCUGACUCAACAAGUAGACAUGGCAGCACAGGUGGCUUCUGGAAUGGCUUACCUGGAGUCACAGAACUACAUUCAUAGAGAUCUGGCUGCCAGAAAUGUCCUCGUUGGUGAACACAAUAUCUACAAAGUAGCAGACUUUGGACUUGCAAGAGUUUUUAAGGUAGAUAAUGAAAACAUCUAUGAACAGAAAGAAGAAAUAAAGCUGCCCGUGAAGUGGACUGCGCCUGAAGCUAUUCAGACUAAUAAAUUUAGCAUUAAGUCUGAUGUGUGGUCAUUUGGAAUUCUUCUUUAUGAAAUUAUUACUUACGGCAAAAUGCCUUAUAGUGGCAGGACAGGUGCUGAAGUAAUCCAGAUGUUGCGUCAAAACUAUCGACUCCCGCAACCAACUAACUGUCCUCAGAAAUUCUAUAACAUCAUGCUGGAGUGCUGGAAGGAAGAACCUAAGGAACGGCCAACAUUUCAGAGACUGCACUUGAACCUUGAGGACUAUUUUGAGGCAGACUCAUAUUCAGAAACAAAUAACUUAGUAAGAUGAAUACUGAAGAAGAAAUAAUGAAAAAAUAAAACAACUGAAUAAUCAGUCCAGAAAUACAAUCAACCAACUGCAAAAAUCAGUUUAUCUUGACAUAGUCAGAUGAUAGGGUAAAUCUGGUCAUGCAUUAUUAAAAUAAUACUCAUGUGCAUUUUAUUGAUGAAAAAUACUACAGGAUAGUUCAAGAUGAUACAUCAUUUUCUCAUGGUACAGUAAAAUUACACAUACUAAAUGAAGUUUUAUUUUCUUUAUUUUUUUUUCUUCUUUCUUUUUUUGUGUGUGUUUU